AUGGCAGCCACUGCUGAGAAGUCAUUGCCUAUCGACCCCAGAUACGACCAGUACGACUUCCCUACCACCGCACUGGAGCCUCAGACCGGCCAUCUGGGCCACACCACGCCGGAACAGGAUGCAAAAGUCCACCGGCUGCGCACAAUGCUAGUGCAGGAUGGAUACACAGAACGUCUGGAUACCUUGACUAUACUGCGCUUCCUCCGCGCCCGCAAGUUUGAUGUCGAGGCUUCCAAGGCUAUGUUUGUUGAUUGUGAGAAGUGGAGAAAGAAAUUUGGCACAGACGAUCUUCCUCGCACCUUCGACUACCACGAGAAGCCGGAGACGGAUAAGGAUGGCCGUCCCGUCUACAUCGAGAAACUGGGCAAAAUUGACCUCAAUGCCAUGUACAAGAUCACCACCAGCGAGCGCAUGUUGCAGAAUCUUGUCACGGAAUACGAGAAGCUGUAUGACGGCCGGUUUCCCGCAUGCUCCUGGAAGGCAGGCCAGCUGCUAGAGACUUGCUGCACAAUUAUGGACCUAAGGGGCGUGGGCGUCACCAGCAUCCCCUCCGUGUACGGUUACCUGCGCCAGGCUUCGGAAAUCUUGCAGAACUACUAUCCCGAGCCUCUAGGCAAACUGUACCUCAUCAAUGCUCCCUGGGGCUUCAGCAGUGUAUUCAACGUCGUCAAGAGCUUCCUCGAUCCCGUCACUGUGCUUCCUGAGAACCUGCCCGUCGAGUUCGGUGGCACCUUCCAGUGCGAGGGGGGCUGCGAAUUCUCUGAAAUAGGCCCGUGGCAGGAGCCUGAGUGGGCUCACAUGCCUACGUGGGCCGAACCCAAGGUGCACAAGUAUGUUGGACAGGACGAGGACGCUGGCUUUGAGAAGAAGACCGAGGCCGAGGAGGACACCCAACCCAGUGCAAAAUGUUUAUAG